AUGGAAGAAAAGAAAUUUACUGUCGUCGUUAUAGGCGAAAGGUAUUCUGGCAAAAGUACUUUCAUAUAUCGAGUUAUUCAAAAGGUAUUCGAUGCUGAACGUCAAGAAUCAAUAGCAACUUCCGUGAUUAAUUAUGAAAGAUUAUAUCAUGAUGUAAAUUACAAAAUUCAAUUUUGGGAUACACCAGGUACUAUGAAUUCCUUAAAUUAUACAAAGUCCACAUUCAAAUCCGCAUUUAUCGUUCUUGUUUUCUUUGAUCCAUCACCAUUAGAGGAGCAUUCCGCUCCAACUAUCGAACAUUUACCAGAUUGGGUGAAACUUGCUAAAGAAUCUGUCGAUAACAUCUAUAUUGUAGCUUCAUUUUCCGAUUUAUGGGAAAAAGAUAAUCCACCUUAUGACAAACGUAGUUAUGAGAAGAAAUACAAAGGUAUUCCGAUGUUUGAAAUCUCUAGUAAGACUGGCGAUGGAAUUGAAUUACUUUUAGAUUCUAUUUGUUAUCUAUAUGAACAAAAGGGACAAAACGCAGAUAGAGGUGUUAAAUUAACUGAGAAAAAGAAGGAUGGUUCAUGCUGUAAAUAA